AUGUCGGAGCUCGCUCCCCCAGGGAGCAGCACGUACAAUUCAGACACGAUGCAUGUCGGUGACGGCACAUGGGAUGCGGGGAGAAACACCUUCCUGCUACCAAACCUGGUCGGCCUCAACUUUGCGACCAUGCGAUAUAAUGUAGGAAUGGGCAAUCGCUUCUUUUCAUUAAAUGGCUAUCAGGGUCUGAUCAGAGCCCACGGCAUUAUCGCUGCCAUAACAUUCCUCGGCCUCAUACCAGCCGCUAUUUUAAUCCAUCGGUUUCUCGGACGACACGAGUUCUGGGCAAGAAGAUUACACAUUUGGCUGUCAAUACUUUCGCUGCUCCUGGCCACGGUCGCCUUUAUUCUGGGCUUCGUCGCAGUUGGGCCCGAACGGAGCUUAAGCAAUCCCCAUCAUGGCAUUGGUGUGGCGCUGUACACCCUCCUAUGGUUUGAAGCUAUUAAUGGCUGUUUCUGGCGCAACAGGAAGAAGAACAGGCUUCACUGGCCGCUGAGCUUGAUGCUGCAUUCAUGGGUAGGACGUGCAACUGCGCUGCUGGGAAUUGCACAAGUGCCUCUUGGCCUCACGCUUUACGGAUCCCCUGUCUUCUUAUUUGUUCUCUAUACCCUCUGGUCCCUUGCCUUAGUGGUGACAUACUUCGUUCUUGAAUGGCUUGCUGGCCGCCGCAUUGAACGACACGGUGGUGCACCGUAUGGUACAGGUUAUGGAGGAAGCGAGGGCAGCUACUACUCGGAGCACGUUACAAACAGACCGCCCAAGGAGGAGGGCCGUUCUUGGGGCAAGUGGCUGGCCGCUGGGGCUGGUGCCGCGGGUCUAGCGGCUCUCUGGCGAAGAAGGUCCAACCGCGAAAAGAACCGUAACGAUGUCGUUGAUAGCGAAGUGAGUGGGACGAGCGGAACAAGUGGCACAUCCUGGUGGGAUAGCGACGCAGAGAAACGGCACCACGAGAAGCAAGGUACAGGCUUCGGCACUCGUCUGCUGCAGGUCGGUGCUGUUGCUGGUGGUGUCGCUGCAGUGAAGAAGCUGUUCGGGCGACGCGAUCGCGACGAUGCAUCGGAUGCAGGGCCUUACCGGCCUCCCUUAGGCGGCAAUACGUCCUACACUGGAUCGGACUCGAUGUCAAGAGUCGAGGAGGGGCUCCCGCCGCACCGACCAACGACUCCAACGGGAGCCAGCCCAGGGCAUGUACGACCAAACCAUCCCCUUGCGCAGCCUCCGAUGACGCCAGGUCGGCGACCAUCCGACGACUCGUACUCAUACUAUUCCUACAUGUCUGGAUCUCCGUCAAGGCAGGAUCGCAAAGGCAAUACUUUUCGCAAUGCGUUAGCGGCAGGAGGAGCCGCCUUUGCUGUGCGGCAGCUGUUCAAGAACCGACGGCAGAAGAAGGAAGAGAGACGGACGGAAGAAUUGCGCAAGCAAAGACUGGAGGAAGAAAGGCUAGCUCGAGCCAACUCGGCGCAUAAGUACUCUGGCGAUGGAGUUGCGCCGCCUCGAAGAUCCCGACACAACCGCAUAGGCAGCCAGACGGCGUCUGACAUGUCGAGCCUUACGGAAGAGCCCGUUGUGCCAGGCACUGCAGGAACUCCUUCUGCAGCGGCGGCCUCCGCACUCGCAGAUCGCCCUCAUAUCCGGCCGGUUGGCACUGAUCCUACCAUAGUCAAUCCUGGACCGGGAGGUGUCGCACCACCCAACAUGCCUCCCGUACCGCCAGCCCACAGCUUCAAUUCAUCCGGCAGCGAUGUCUACACGACAGGUUCCGGCCGACAGAAGCACCGCCACCGCAACGAAGCUGCCGCAGGUUUAGCAGGGGCAGCUGCUGGUGCUCUUGGCGCAGAAGCUGUCAAUCGAAGGCGGCGCCAGGACCAGCAAGUGGACUCGGUAGAGUCGCCGCCGGUAAGUGUCAAGGUCAAGAUGCACAAUGACGGCCGACACGUCACGCUGCGGCGGCUGACUGAAGAGGAGCAGGCUGCACAGCGAAGACGAGAGCGAAGGGCCUCAGCAGCCGGUAGGCGAAGGAGAAACUCGAGCUUCAGCAGUGGAGAUGACGCCGACACCAUGGGUACGGGUGCUGCAGACAAAAGAUGGAGGAGAACCGAAGCAAUCGAGGCUCAACAAGCGGCGGAGAACGCGGCGGCUGCCGGGCCAAGUACCGCUCCACCACCACCGAUACACAUGCCGUAUCCUACACCGCCUACCCCUGGUACGCAGGGCAUUGAUCCGCGGACAGGCCAGUCGUACAGUGUCCCCGCUCCGCCGCCCAUACCAGCAUCGACCAGCAAUCUCGGUCCUCCAGGCAGCAUCACAAGUCCAGGAACGGAAACGAGCGGUCCUUCCGAGUACGCGAACAACAGACGACGAAGAAGGGCAGAGAGAGCACAGGCCCGGUUGGCCCGAGAAGGCCGACAGCAAAAUACGGUGGACUUUACCUGA